AGAUUGAAUACAUCUUAGCCAUUUUGCCUAAAUCAUCCGGCCAAAUAGUAGCAAUCCACAAAUGGGCGCCGGUCAUGCAGUACUUCUCCGAAGCGAUGGCAAUGCUGUGGCUUGUGGAGAGAAUGCUCAUGCAGAAUGCGACAUUCCACCUUUGGAUGCCGGAAUGUCAUAUAUCCAGGUUUCUGUGACGGCAGUGCUGUAGUUUAUGGUGAGAAUCCUCAUGGAGAAUUCACCAUUCCAACUUUGGAUGAGGGACUGUCAUAUACUCAGGUUUCUGUCGGCCAGAGUUCUCGUGGCAGAAGUGAUGGCAGGGCUGUUGAUGGUGGAACGGAAUCUGCAGCAAAGCGUCAAGUUCUGAUUCCACCAGGGAUUUGUUACAUUGCAGAUAUUGCAGAUGUGUCAGUUCGCCGAGACCUUGUGUUGCAACUGGAUGUUGUUUGUCAAGAUGACGCUAUGCUGCUGACUUUGUCUGGUUUGAGUGGGGAAGAAGUGAUGCGUUUGAGUGCGAGCCCAUUUGAUUCUGCCUGGUAUACUCACAAGCGCAUUGCGCUUGAAUUGAAUGUUCCCGUCCAAAGUGUUCGAGUGAUCUUGCCCGACGGACAGUUGUUGGCCGGAGUCUGCCGCGCAAAGCCAGCGGCCAGCCUUGCAGAUAUCAGUGAAACUUGCAAGCGGUUGCGUCUCACCUAGUUUCAGAGCGGACAGUGGAUAG